AUGGAACGGUCGCGAAAUUGGCAAAGAGGAGGAAAAGUAAGCACAUACGACGGCGAGUUCGUACGUGGAGAGAAGCACGGAGAAGGCAAGUAUCGAUUUGAGGAGGAGUGGGAGUACGAAGGCCACUUCUCUAACAACCAGAUCAACGGCAAAGGUACUAUGCGCUACAAAAAUGGAGAAACCUACACUGGCGACUUCAAAGAUGGCAGAAAGGACGGUUUUGGCAUCUAUAAGUGGACUGAUGGCUCUUCCUUUGAGGGCUGGUAUGUUGAUGAUAGAAAGGAGGGCCAUGGUAAGUUUCGAAGCAGCGAUAAUAAGAUAUUUGAAGGCCAAUGGCACAGUGGAAAGCGUUAG